AUGGAACCAAUAUUCAUUAUUACAAUCUUACUUGUAAUUGAAUUAAGUUUAGAAUCAAGAUUUAGCAUCUAUAAUUAUGAAUGUAACAAUUAUUUGAAUAAAUUCGGAAAUGUAGAUUUACCAAAUGGUAUAGGUCCUUCUAAGCUUGCUUUUACAGGAGAUGUUUCCUUUAUUACAGGAACAAAUGAUGCAAAGGUUAAUGUAAGAUAUUCUGAUGUGGAAUUUUUUGAUGACCCAAUAUUUUUUGGUUUUGUUAAGGAAGAUGGAAAAACAGAGGACACAGUUUGUCUUGAACUUAAAUUAUUUAAAUUUACAUCAAAUUAUUCAGUUGAAGUCAAGGACUUACCGAUAACAUCAUCAAAAAAUUAGGAAAAAUAAUGGAGAUAUUAUUCAUUCACUAUUCCAAGAAAUGAAUUCAAAAAUAGAUUAGUUGAGACAGCUAAUUCCAAUUAAUUCAUAUAUGAAGGACUUUAUGCUAUUGGUUAUUAUCCAGUUGGUCUAAUGGAAAUCUAAUAUACAUUCUAUUUUGAAUUAUCUCUUACUAUAGAUAAAAGAACAGGAGCUGCAGUUGAUGCAUUAUUCACACCUUUUAAUGAGAGAUACUCACAUACAUUCGGGAUGAUAGACUGCAAAGGGAGAGAUGAUACUUAUUUAAAGUGGUGCACUGAUUCAACAUGCACUUCAUUUACAUCUCCAAAUCUUCAUUAAUAUGAUCGGUUUUUCCUCUAAUAAGUUAUUACAAGAGAAGAAUGGUCUGGUUAUUAUUUGACAGGAACUGAGGUUUGGUUUACAGGAGUUGGUUUGAAUAAGAGAGCAACACCAAUUUCUAUAAAUAAUAACAACACAGGAUAAGUUAUUAUUGAAUUGAUGGCAGAAAUUGCAUGGUAAUCAGUCACUAUCAAAGUUAUUUCAACCUUAUCAACUACAUAAACAGAAAGUAGAAGAAUGUUAGUUUAAACUAAGUACGAUCCACUAAUUGGAGAAACUUAAGAAAUUGAGUGUAUUAAAGCUAAAGGAGAAGAGGCAUGUCCUACAUGUGAAUAAGAAUGUGAUGCUAAUGGAUUUGCUCAUGGUGAAUGCGAAGAAUGUUUUUUAUCCUAAUAAUAGAUAGUAUUUAUUUUCUUGGCUUUAUUGCUAGUUUUAACAAUAUGA